AUGUUGUCUUUGAGCAUCUCAAGGCGCAGUGCUGCUCCUAUGCGCUGCAGGCCUUGCUUUGAUGUCGUGUUAGGGGCUAGGCAGACUGUGCCACCACUGGCCGCAUACAUUCGACGUCCCUUUGCGUCCUCAAGGGCAUUAGUGGCUGCUGCCGUGGUCAGCGCUGAUCAUACAGUGUUGGAUGUCUCCAAGCGUUGUGAGCACACCACCACCGAAACGCCAUCAAGAAAGCAGCUGACAACAAAGGAGCAAGUCGACGAGCUGAUGGACUCCUUCGCGGAGGCCUGCGAGCUCCUCACAGAUGCGAAGGAGAGCGUUGGCACAACCUAUUUCGCGGAUGAUAUUGAGGACGCAGAAAAUCAGACACAGGAUGUCCUGAAGCGUUGGGAGAGUCUGCAGGCCGAUCUGGAGCACCAGGGGGCUGCAGAGCAGCUGCAAAGAGUGCGCAGCAUGUAUGAAUUGAAGAUCAAACAGCUGAAAGCAGAAUUCGAGACAGUGCGUGAGGCUGGUGGGGCGGGGUAG